AUGUCUGUUAAGGGCCUACGAUUGGCCAUUAUAUUAAUUAUUGUGUCUAUUUUAAAUAACGAAGUUUGUUUCGCCCAAUUCUUCCAACAACGUCAACCCAUACGUAAUGUACCCAGGACGGGUUCAGUUUCUCUCGCCAGCAGCCAAGCAUAUGAACGUGAAGUAGACUUGGGUAGAGUGGAACUUUCUCGUGGAGUGGCCAACUCUCGCACUGUGACCAAAGCGAAUGGAGGCUUUGCCAAUGGUGGUGUCACAUCGGUCUCAAAGAGUAAUGCCGUUUCUCGAGAAAUUGAAUUGGGAAAUCUAAAUAUCGGCAGUACCGUUACCCGCACCAAGACCAACACAAAUGGCGCUGUAUCCCAAGCAGUAUCGCGUGACUUGAAUGUGGGCGGACUAAGUCUUGGUACAACGGUGUCACGGGGUAACCCUACAUUCGGCUUGCAACGGACCUCGGAUGGCGGUUUGGAAUUCGGUUUGGGAGCUUUGAGUUUUGAUAUUUCCCGUAAUAACCAAGCGAACAGCAACGCCUUAACCCAAGCACAGGCACAAGCUCAAGGUGUCGGUGCCCGCGCUAAGGCCAAUAGCAAUUCGAAAACAAACACUCAACAAUAUGGACGUGCCGAAGUGACGAACACCUUCUCUAAAUCGAAUGCUAUAAGUCGUACACGACAGGGACAAACAUCUGCUACUACCGGUGGUAUAGCAGGUGGAGCUGCCACCAAUGGCGCCACAUUCGGCCAAGGAAUUCGCAGAGUUAGACAACCAGUGGCCAGCAGACCUGUCUCGAACUUUCCCUUCCGCCCUGUAGUUCAACCUUUCCGAUCAGUUAGACCUAAACGUAGGGCACAGUAUAUACCAUUCGUCUUUCCCGGCCAACGUUGGGGAAACAACAGAUAUCCCGUAUUUGGUGGCCAACCCCAAAAACAAAACGCCAAUGCUCAAGGUUUGGCCAACAACAUGAACGGAUUUUUCAAUCAACAAGCUGGUGCCAAUACUCACUCCAAUCAAGAGUUCAAUGCCAACGGAUUUACACAGGACAAUGGUGCCUCUAGUAUUGGUUCUAAUUUGUCUAAAGACGGAACCAGCGGCCAGGUAGCUUCUUCCAAUGUUGCUCAAAUGAAUUCGUUGAAUCAAGGCGGCUUCCAAAGUAGCAACAAUGCACAAAGUCAAUCGUUGAAUUUUGAUCGUAACCAGCAACAGGCAAAUUCUGCCAAUGCCGGCACCAAUCAAAUUAUCACCGCCAAUGGUCAACGCAACGAGGCCCAAAGUGGUUCCCAAUCAACAAAUAACAAUCAAUUCGGUUCAUCCAGUAAUAUUGCCAACACCAACACGGCCGUCUUUGAAAAUGGUAACUCUAAGGGUUCCUCAGCCGAUUCCAGUAGCCAGUCCAUAUUCCAAGGUAACAAUGGUCAAAAUUCUGCUGCUAAUACCCAAUCGAAUGUAGUCACUAAGCAGAAUGCUGACGGAUCGAUCACGAAUUCCGCCACUAGCAAUGCCUCUGCUGUUAGCCAAGGUGGUAAGGGUGCCAAUGCUGUGGCUUCGGCCAAUUCAAGUUCGGGUUCUGGUUUGGGUGGCGGAAAUGCCAUUGCCCAAGGUUGGGCCGGUACAAAUGGUGCCAAUGCAAACAGUGGUGCCGUUGGUAAUUUAGGUGGAUCCCAAGGUUUUGGCAAUGCCUUCGGGGGUGGAUUUGGUGGCUUCGGAGGUUUUGGAGGUUUUGGAAACUUUGGCGGUUUCAGAGCAACACAUAUUGGCCCACUAACAAAUUCAUUAACCUCCCAUCAAAGACGAAACAAUAAAACUAUUUUGAUAGCUCAUACAUCACCGCAUAUUCGGUCGACAGCGGAAAAUAAUUUACCACAAAAUUACAGCAUAAAACCGGCACACAAUUUGCAACAUCCGGCCAUCGAUGGAAAUUCCACUGUUGAACUUUUCGAUGUAAUUGAUGAAAAUGAGAAAAGCGGACGUACCUUUGGUUUUAUUGGCGACAUAAUUGAUAGCUUUACACCGCGCUGUGUAAGGCCAUGUACCCUGGAUGCUUACAGACGAAAUAUUUGUUGUGAAACUGUUGUAAUUAUUCCACCACCGCCAUCGAAUGUGUGCUGCCAGCCACAGCUUCCGAUUUAUCCGCCUAUUCGACCAAUACCCACACCGACGACAACACCACCUCAAUCGUAUACCACACAGACCCCGCUUGUACUUGUGCCACCACCCACUCGACCUGUUGUAGUACUGCCACCACCUUCAUUGGCAUAUCCGCCAGUGCAAACUCCAUGUUGUGCCACUUGCACGACUUAUGGUUACUAUGGGCCUCCGCCAUGCACACGUUACACAUUACCACGGAAUGGACCAAGUCCUUUUAAGAAAUCAUCGCAGCUUCAACAAAGUGCCCUCGAAGACAAAAACAACGUGCGAACAAACACAACUCGCUCUGAAACAAAAUCCCUGGUGAAGACCGAAGUAACCGUCAUCCAAAAUAGCACCACAACAAUCGACAAUAAAAAUUCAACUGUUGAAAUUUUCAAUAAAAUUGAUGAGAAGCAGCGAAAUGGACGCACAUUCGAUUUAAUUACAAGUUUUAUGGACAGCCUCACGCCUCGAUGUGUUUAUCCCUGUACACAAGAGGCAUAUGACAGGAAUCGUUGCUGUGAAACGGUGGUAUUGCCACCACAACAGCCGCCGAAUGUAUGCUGCCAAUCACAGCCUCCAUUAUCACCUAUGCCUCAGCCGCCUAUACCGCCUCCAGUAGUUCCGCCACAGCCACAAUUACCAUAUCCUACACCAUUUCCCCAACAACCGCAACCAAUUCCACCACCGUUUCGACCACCAUAUCGUCCAUAUCCGUAUCCUCAAGUGCCACAGCCUCAACCCAUGCCGCCGUAUCGUCCGCCGCCCGCCUUUCCCCAACAAAUGGCGCCAAGAUCGCCGUCACCACAGCAACGCCCAACAAUUGUAGUGGCUCCCGCACCAACACCCAAUUAUCCUUUCUUACAGUGUUGUACAUCAUGUCCACCGUCCACAUCAGCAUAUGGUGGUUACUAUGGACCUCCGCCCUGUCAACGAAACCCAACACCAGUAACUGUGUAUGGGCGAGCAACAGUGUAUUUACCGUCAGUGGGCUAA